AUGGCGAUGGAAGGGAUCUGCAGCAUCCGGGACAGCCAGGCUACAGCCGAGAUGACCCUCUUUGCCAGCCUUCUCUUCUGCCUUCUCGGCAGUCUCCUUUCCAGCUCCUGGGCAGAAGCUCCGCAGGCGAAGGUGCAGGCCAGGUCUCGCUGCCCUUCGGGCGCUUUCUCCCUCAAGGAAGGCGUGGCCUGGUUCUGCUACGAGUUCCAUGAAUACCCGCUGCCCUUUGUGGAUGCUGAGGUGCGUGAGGGCGGGGGGCCAGAGGCCAAGAAGAUCCUUGGCCGCUUGUCAGGAGAGUCGGAGUGGGGCCACCUGGCCUCAAUCACCAGCACGGAGCAGACGGAGAUGAUCGGGGGUUACGUCUCUCGGGUAAACCAGGAAAGGACUCACGUGUGGAUCGGGCUCCACCGGCGCCAGAAUUCGGACCUGACCCGUGGCUGGCGCUGGACCAAUGGAGCCUACUUUGGUUACACCAACUGGCUCCCUGGAGAACCCAACAAUCUUGGUGGGAGUGAGCUCUGCGUUCACAUCAUCACUGAAUCAGGGUACAAGGGCUGGAACGACACCCCUUGCAGCUAUGAGAGACCUUUCCUCUGCAAGUGGAGAGGCCCCGUAGUCUGA